AUGUCCGACCGAGUUCAGACAGCGUGGGUUUCUCGCCCUGUUGGCGGAAUACCAGUUUCGGCAGAUUUGGCACCAUCAAUCGUUUUCGCGGUGCUAUAUGCGAUCUACUACCCAACAUCGUUUAUAACUUUUUCUUUCGCAAACCACGGCAUGGAACAUGAUUCAGACCUCGACUGUCCUCUUUGCGUCGAGCGCAUAGCUUGGUGCAUCAUCCGUGCUAUUCAAGCCUCCCAACCUGAAAAACGAAUGCUAAACGGGCUAACGAGAUAUGCACAAGCAACAGUUGGACUCGGAUUCAUUGGGAUAUCCAGUGAUGCCGUUAGGCUUCUUCGUACCAUUCUUGUCAAUACCACCCUGCCUGAAAAUGGUGCUUCGAAGGAUCGUCGCACUGCCAGGCGAUGCUAUCGAUACUUUUGUUAUAUUUUCGAACUUGCCUUCCUAGCGUCGAGCGUUCCCGGCUUGGUAGCGAGUAACGCCUACAAUUCUGCGCGCUUUGAUCAACCCAAGGCCGAUAGGAACUUGCGUCUCUUGAACGCUAGCGCCGGUGUCGUGCUGGCCUUUCAGCUAGUCACUAUUUUGGUUUCCCUCUUGGCAGCCUGGAAAGUCAAAGAAAUUGAUCGUAUACGAUGCUUUGAAUUGGCGGCCUUGACAGCACUAAUCAUCCCAGUUCCAAUUUACCGUCUCUGUGUGCUUGGAAUUCGCACCAUCAAUGUCUUUGAGGCCCUCUCUCCCUCUGCACGAGCAGUUUUUUACAUUGUGCACCUCGCUCCCGAAUGGUUAUGUGUCAGCGUUUUAUUGAGCACCAAUGUUCGCUCACGAUUCCGAACAGGCAAGUGGGGGGACUACGAGUUAAGAGAGUCUCUGCGCGACAAACGGUUAGCAAAGGCCGCUGAAGAAGAGAGCGUAUCUAAUACGGCCAAGGCUGUUUGA